UUGAAAUUCCCAGGGCACGGCACACUAGCGUUUCAGUCAUCAAACCCUAAAACAGUAAAAAAUGGGAGUAGAGAAGGAAGUGGUCAGAGCCGGAAAUGGACCCAAACCACAACCUGGUCAAACUGUCACCGUCCACUGCACUGGUUACGGGAAAAAUAGAGACCUGAGUCAAAAGUUCUGGAGCACUAAGGAUCCAGGCCAGCAGCCUUUCUCUUUCCAGAUUGGUCAAGGAAAAGUUAUCAAAGGAUGGGAUGAAGGAGUACUGGGCAUGCAAUUGGGAGAAGUUGCUCGAUUAACGUGCACCCCUGAUUAUGCUUAUGGUGCUGGUGGAUUUCCAGCAUGGGGUAUUCAGCCCAACUCAGUUCUGGUUUUUGAGAUUGAAGUCCUAGGUGCACAGUGAGCAUUUUCCCAACAUUUGGGCAAUUCUCAGGGAGCUGUUGUACUCUUUGCAGUAGACCGUUUGGUGAUUGUUAGAAAUAAUAUUUUGGCACUUGCUAUGAGAGCUUGAGGGUAUCUUUACUGCCCAUGUACUCUUUGCAUUAUGCAACUUAUUGAAACAGGUUGAGGCAUUAAUAAAUGCUUUCUAGCUUUUCUCUGGAUAA